AAGUAUCUAUAUCUGCUCCAAUGCGCGUGUUGUAUUCGAAUCAUACAAACAUGCAUAUAACAUAAGCCGAUGUAUACAAGGUCUAAAGUUCAUUACUGGACACUUGUUUUGUUAGUUGCUUCGAACUGUUGAACGCUUUUGGUUGCAUUUAUCGCUGAUAACAGCAAGUUAAUAAAAAUGAGUAGUAAUCUAUUCAGAGCGGUUAUUAUGGGAGCCCCAGGCUCUGGCAAAGGCACAGUGUCUGCACGUAUCGUAAAGACAUUCAACAUGAAACAUAUCUCCAGCGGCGACAUGCUUCGUAACAAUAUCGAAAAAAGCACCGAGCUAGGAAAAAUAGCCGAAAAGUACAUCAAGGAAGGAAAACUGGUCCCGGACAUUUAUAUAACAAAGUGUAUUCUGGGUGAGCUGGCCAAACUUAAAUCCAGUUCGUGGCUGCUGGAUGGCUUCCCGCGAACACCGGAACAAGCAGAGGAUUUGUGGCGCCAGGAAAAAAUCGACUCCGUGAUCAACUUGGAUGUUCCGUUCGAUGUGAUCGUUGACCGGUUACGCAGCCGUUGGGUCCAUCUGCCCAGUGGUAGGGUGUAUAAUAUUGGAUUCAACGAUCCCAAGGUACCCGGUAAGGACGAUGUCACCGGUGAACCUCUUAUCCAGCGACCAGAUGAUGAUCCAGUGGCUGUACGGAAACGUUUAGAGAUCUACGACGCUUGUACUAGACCACUGAACGAAUAUUUUCAUCAACAAGGAGUAUUAGUGACUUUUAGUGGCAAAACCACUGACGAAAUUUGGCCAAAUGUAAAACAAUAUCUCGAAAGUAAAAUCAUUAAGAAGUCGUAGGCAAACAGUAAUAGGUAGGCAUGUUUAUGCAAUGUUGUAAUUCAGGUCCAAGGCACAAAAGUAACGUUAUCAGUAGAGCAAAUAGGCCAACAAUAAUGAUGUAUUCCAAGACUGAUAAGGCAUUUUUUGGCAUUAUGCAUUGAGUUAGAAGAGAUAAGAACCGUUGGGUGCUACUUAGAUGUCAAUCAAGUUUCGUUUAAUAGUGCAUCGUGGGUAAUAAACUUGUUGUGAAACAAUCAUGAUUAUAUAAA